UUGGAGGGGGGACGCGGGGGAGCGAGCAGGCGUGUGCCAGCAGGAUGUGCCCCCGCGGCUCCGGGGUGCCGGCGGCGGGCGCGGGUCUGCCGAGCUCCCGGGGGCGCCUCAGGGCCUGGGGAUGGGCUCGGCACCCCCGGCCCGGGGAGCUGCGACCCUCCACCGGAGCUGGCCCGGUACCGGCAGAAGGAGAGCCCCGAGAGGAGCGCGGCCGGGAGGGGACCAGGGGGAGCCUUGCGGUGGGCACAGUUCGGCCCGCCGCCCCGGGGAGGGGCCCGUGCGGCGGAGCGAGCGCCGGGGACGGGCGCUGCGAGCGGGGGCGGCGGUGUCCUUCCUUACCCCGUGCCAGCGCGACGGUAGCAGGCGGGACCGGCUGCCCCUCGCCGGGGCCCUGCAGAGCGGGGUCCACCGCAGCAGCAGUCGGGUCCCACCCGCCGAUGCUCCGUGUGCGCGACGAGCGUGCCGGUGCCAGGCCCUACUGAUCUCCCCGCCUGCCGCC